GAAGACGAAGACGAAGACUCUCUCUCUCUCUCUCUCUCUCUCUCUCUCUCUCGCUUUCUGUCAGACGAGAGGAGGACACACCCAAGAGAGGGGGUGCCGUUGUCCGAACAAGAAGAUUAUCGAAGAGAAGUCGCAAGGCUGUCUGGGACUGUUGCGGGGUCGACGAUCGACAUGGGUCGUCAUAAGUUGUUUGCUACGUUCAAUACAGCCAUUGGGAUGAGACUGAAGUAUGGGAACGGGAUUCACCAAUCUAGUCUCGUCGCUGAAAGGUUUCUGGUCCGUCAUUUGUGUCAACUUCGAAGUGGGUGCGUAAUGGGUGCCCCGCAACUGCACCGGGAUGUCUCUGGUGAAUGUCCAAAAUCUCUCGACUUGACUAGAGAUGUGCCGGGAGGAUUCACCGUGACUCGCGGGUUAGGAGCUAGUUCUCUCUUUUUGGGACGGAACAUCAGUACCUCAUCUCGCCAGGUUAGAGGAACUCCUUCGGAUGAAUCUCAAGUGGGUAGAGAUUUCUUUGUACAGCAAUGGGUAGCUGAUAAGAAAAAAAUGAAGAACCUUAAAGACAAAGGCAGAGCAAGAUUGGUGAAGUGUGAGAGUUAUGGUCAAGUAGCUGAUCGACAUGCAUCUGAGAGGUUAUCGGGCGAUAAAGAAUCAGGCUCUGGUGGAACGGUUCUGAAGCAACCACCUACCAGCCAAUCUGUUACUGGCUAUCUAAAGCCCGCAUCGCCAGAGGAGGCCUAUGUUGCACCUCUUCUUGCCAGGUCCAAUUUGCUGAUUACAAGGGAUAUAGAGUGGGCCAACCUCGUAUUCGGCUUUGAGCAGGAGAAUCGAUAUGCAAUUGUGGAUGUUUGUUACCCUCAGUCGCCUGUAGGUUUUAUACGUGAACAGAGCAACUUCCUUGCCAGACAGUUGCUUCGCCUAAGGCGCCCAUUUGUUGCAUACAUAACCGAUGCCAUGGGGAGCGAGCUCUUCAGGGUCCGCCGGCCUUUCUGGUGGAUUACCAGCUCCAUUUAUGCAGAGGUUAACGGUAAGGAAGUUGGCGUAGUUCACAGACGAUGGCAUCUAUGGAAGAGGGUGUAUGAUUUGUAUCUAGGGAACCAGCAAUUUGCAGUGGUGGAAAAUCCUGGCUUUUGGAAUUGGACAUUUACUUUGAAGGACAUAGAUGGCAAAGUAUUGGCUCAAAUAGAUCGUGAUUGGAGGGGUUUUGGUUUCGAGAUCUUUACCGAUGCUGGUCAGUAUGUCAUCCGCUUUGGAAGUUCUGAUCCUAUCUCCAAGACUGGCCCAGCUAGUGUGGUAGAUGAGUUGGAAGUUGCUCGGCCUUUGACCCUUUCAGAAAGAGCCGUGGCGGUUGCUCUUGCUAUUUCACUGGAUAAUGACUAUUUCUCUAGGCAUGGUGGAUGGGCGAUUCCUUUUGUUGCUGUUGGCGAGUAAAAGAGUGUCCGCACUGAAGCUCACAUUACUUUAAUUUUUCUGCAUAUGGAGUACUUGGGGUGACGAUUCAACUUGUAAGCUCUAGGAGUGUAUAUGCAAUGCAUAUGCGCAGUCUAUGGGCAACCUAAGAGAAAACAAAGAAUGAGUCUUAUGAUUGAUCUGAAACAGAUCCUAUCAUAUUCAAGAACAGUUAAAAGGAGGUUCAUGCAACUAAAAGUGAAGCCACUGGAGAAAAUGUGCAAAGAGGUAUAGGGAUAGAGAUGGAUGGGAGCAGCGAGCAAGCUCUCGAACUUUAAAUUGUGGGCAGCAAACGUGACUAUUACUGUUUUGAUACUGAUGCGAGCUCGUAAAGUAAAAUUAAGAAGCUCCAUAGUCUAGGUCCAUGUCAUCUUGCAAGCAGAUUGUGUUCAUAAUAGAUUUUACGAGACAUUUUCUGAAGCGUGUUCUUAGUUUGGUCUUUGAAUUCCAAAUGUAUGUACAACUUAAACGCAGACAGGUAACCCUGAGACAUCACUUUCGCA